UGUCUUGCAGUUACGCUAAGAAAGAAUCUGAUCUUAAUGGAGCCCAGAUGAAGCUCCGAGAAUAUGAAGCAGCACUGAAUUCUAAAGAUGCGGCUCUGGCUACUGCACUUGGUGACAAGAAAAGUUUAGAGGUAGAAUUGGAGGAUCUGAAGGAUCAGAUCGGCCAGUUGGAAGUCUCCUUGACUGCUGCCAAAAAACAGUUAGCUGAUGAAACUCUGCUUAAAGUGGACUUGGAGAAUCGCUGUCAGAGCCUUACCGAGGACCUGGAGUUCCGUAAAAGCAUGUAUGAGGAGGAGAUUAAUGAGACCAGAAGGAAGCAUGAAACUCGCUUGGUAGAGGUGGAUUCCGGGCGUCAGAUUGAGUAUGAGUACAAGCUGGCUCAAGCCCUGCACGAGAUGCGCGAGCAGCACGAUGCCCAGGUCAAGAUGUACAAGGAGGAGCUGGAGCAGACUUACCACGCCAAGCUCGAGAAUGCCAGGCUCUCGUCAGAGAUGAACACGUCUUCUGUCAACAGUGCCAGGGAAGAGCUGAUGGAAAGUCGUAUGAGAAUCGAGAGCCUUUCGUCUCAGCUUUCUAAUCUACAGAAAGAGUCUAGAGCCUGCUUGGAGAGGAUCCAAGAGUUGGAGGACUUGCUUGCUAAGGAAAGAGACAACUCACGGCGCAUGCUGUCUGACAAGGAGAGGGAGAUGGCAGAGAUAAGGGACCAGAUGCAGCAACAGCUGAACGAUUACGAGCAACUUCUCGACGUAAAGUUAGCCCUGGACAUGGAGAUCAGCGCGUACAGGAAACUCCUCGAAGGCGAAGAGGAGAGAUUGAAGCUCUCGCCGAGCCCUUCUUCCCGCGUGACAGUGUCGCGAGCAUCCUCAAGUCGCAGCGUGCGCACAACUAGAGGGAAACGGAAGAGAGUGGACGUGGAAGAAUCCGAGGCGAGCAGCAGUGUUAGCAUCUCUCAUUCCGCCUCAGCCACCGGGAACAUCUGUAUUGAAGAGAUAGAUGUUGACGGGAAAUUUAUCCGCUUGAAGAACACUUCCGAGCAGGAUCAACCAAUGGGAGGCUGGGAGAUGAUCAGAAAAAUUGGAGACACAUCAGUCAGUUACAAAUAUACCUCAAGAUAUGUGCUGAAGGCAGGGCAGACUGUUACAAUCUGGGCUGCAAACGCGGGUGUCACAGCCAGUCCUCCCACCGACCUCAUCUGGAAGAACCAGAACUCCUGGGGCACUGGCGAAGACGUGAAGGUCAUCCUGAGAAAUUCUCAGGGAGAGGAGGUUGCUCAAAGAAGUACAGUCUUUAAAACAACCCUACCUGAAGAGGAGGAGGAGGAGGAGGAAGGAGCUGAAGUGGCGAUUGAGGAAGAACUUUUCCACCAGCAGGGAGCCCCUCGAGCAACCAAUAGAAGCUGUGCAAUUAUGUGAACUUCUCAAGUCGACUGUCUUCCUCAAAGUGAAGAAGGACGGUAAUC